CCAUCCUGGCAAAGAUAGACGCCAAGUCCGCACCUAAGGAACCACGGAAACCGGCAGUCCCGCAAUUGGCAAAGAAGGACAUAAUCGAUAUUCAGGAAUCCAAAGCCAAGGAUGAGAGUAUUGCUACAAUGCAGGAGCAGAUACCAGAACCAACUGAAACGACCACAGAGCAAGUUGUUCCCUCCGGUGAGGAUGGUGAGCUCUCAAUCCCUGUAGAGCAUACAACGGCGGCUCACAAAUUGCUGUUGUGGCCUUCGAUUCGAAACCUUCUUCGUCCAAGAGAGUAUGACGAGGAUUACGUGAUGAAACUCGAAGAAAAAAGGGGCUUAAUUCGUGUCUAUGGUCGUGGAGAGGGAGAUGAGACCAGUGAAGACAAUGGCCUGUCGCCUCCGCCAACGACCUUGAGCACCAGCUUCAAUGAAAACCAGCCAUACUAUCCGACAUCACCCUCUAAUGGACCUUGGGGGGUAUACGUGAACCAACCCCAGAUUAAACUUGAAAACAAAGGGCUUGACGAGAACGGCAUGCUAACUGCGGACCCUGAUAUGGUUCGUCGUUAUCAUAAGAGCUAUAUGAAACAUAUGCACCAGCUUCACCCGUUUCUUGAUCAGAGCGACUUAGAGAACAAAGUCGAUCAUUUUAUCAGGAUGUACUGCCCAUUGAAAGGUCCUAUGCCGUCCCCAGGAGUACUGAACAAUCAUGUGAAUGAUAUGCCUCGAGGCGCAAAACGAAAGCGUUCAUGCGAAAAUUUACAAGGUGUGGGAUGUGAUGUGCAAUCCGCUGCUGAACAGGGUAGCGGCCGGCGGAUAGAAAAAUCUAUCCAUAAUGCUAUUAUUCUUCUGGUCCUCGCGCUUGGCAGUAUCUGCGAAGCCAACCCUGUGCCCGGCCCAGUCACAGACCAGCCGGUGGACUUCCGAAAAGAGACAAUACCUGGUCCUCCUACGCACGGUAUACUAUCGCCCGCAGGUUCAGAUUCUCUUCCUCAGUCGCAAGGGAGCGGCUAUGUCACGGAAAGUCACACCUUUGCAUCUCCUUCAUUAGUGGGUAAUCGACAGAGCGGUGUCGAAGGGAACCCAAUAUCCCAAGACAAAAACCUGGAUUAUAUUCCUGGCUUAGCAUUUUACGCAUACGCUACCCAGAUCCUUGGAAGUCUCCAGGGAGCAAAUAGACUGCCUCACGUUCAAGCAGCCUUAUUAGCAGGACUUUACGCAGGCCAGCUAGCGCACCCCUUCCAGAGCCACGGAUGGAUUUAUCAAGCCGCCAGGGCUUGUCAAGUUUUGGUUCGAUCAAAGCGUUACACACAGAUGCCUGAUGGCCCCGACAAAGACCUUUACGAUUUUGCGUACUGGACCUGCCUUCAGCUGGAGAGUGAUAUACUAGCAGAACUUGAUCUUCCUGCUAGCGGUAUAUCACGCUCGGAAGCUCGCAUCUCCUUACCAAAGGGACGGUUUACUCUUAACCUUCCGAAUGAAAUCUCCGCCCCAAGUACUAUGAUGAUGUUUUUUUACUCGGCCCAGAUUCAUCUAAGAAAGGUUCUCAACCGUGUCCAUACUGAUCUAUACAAAGUUGAAAAGCAAGGACAGACCCAUUGGUCAUCGCACGUUCAAGAAAUUUUAAGUAUGAACCUUGAACUUUGGCGAAACAGUCUGCCUGCUGUGAUGAAGUGGAAAGACACCGAUCCACCAUCAGAAGAGAUUAACGUCGCGCGGAUGCGAGCUAAGUACUAUGGUGCACGUUACAUUAUCCAUCGUCCCUUACUGUAUCACGCCCUUCACCACUAUGGCCAAUUAGACCUUCGCGCAUCAUCGGAUGGUCCGUCUACUGAAGCUACUGCUAUGGCAGCUUCCAAAUCGCAGCAGAUAUCACCAUCAUUGAGCCAUAGUCAAGGUGCCACGAACAUGGCACGUCUGUCAAGUGAUAUAGGUCCUGCAUCUGGGUUUACAGGGAUUGCACAUCGCGACUUGCCCACAAAGCUACGAAGAGCUUGUAAAGUUUGCAUUGAUUCAGCUAUGCUAAGUACAGUGGCAUUUGAUGGCAUAAAGGGGCGUCCAGUAGUGACCAACAUUUUUGGCACCGCCCAUGCACAAUUUGGUAACAUGUUGGUAUUGUCCGCUACAUACAUGUCUAGCCUCUCGGAACUAGUGGAUCGAAACGAGCUCGAGAGACUUCUUAAGCGAACAAUCAACUUUCUGCUGCAGAGCCGUUAUAUUUCUCCUAGUCUCCGAGCUGACGCGCGAAUUCUUACCGAAAUAUAUGAGAAAAUAUUUGGAAAUCCCUCAGAGUGGAGAGAUACAACUGAUUAAGCUUGGCAGCCUCGCCUAUCUGGAUUUCAAUUCAUGAUCGAUAGCAUUGCUGGCGUCUACGAUGCACGCCUCAGUUAAACGAGUGCAUGCAAGCUGAGUGACACCCCUA